AUGGUUAACAAGCCCGUGCGAUGCGCGAGAAAGGCCGCCGAGAGCGCGUCCGCACGUCUCUGUGCGGACGCCGAAGCAGAAACCGCAGCAACUGAUUUGUCAUUGGUUGCUAAAGCGUCUCAGCCUGUGUCACCUGGUGAUGCAGGCGCUCGUCAUGAAGACACUCAUGUCUUCACAGAGUAUGAGCUCGGUGUCUCAUACUCUCCUGAUACGGAAGACGGAUCCGUAUCGACGGCGAUCGAAUCCAAGCCGCCUACCAAGCGUGGCAUGGAUGAUGCUAUGCGUCGUAGCAUCUUUGGUUCAUCUGAUUCAUCAGAUGAACCAUCGCCGAAGCGAAGGCGCCCGAAGUCGCAAGACUCGGGCGCUCACAGUGGUGUCGGUUCUCCUAUUGACACCACUUCGCAACAAGGUGCCAGUACUUCUGUCGGUACGUCGCAAGAAGAGUGGGACCGCAGUGUGUUGCGUCUCGCUCCCGAGAAGAAGGCAUGGAUGCCUCCCAAAUCAGUCAUGGAUCACUUGUCGGCGACGACAAAUGAUCGUUAUCGAACACGAGUGAUCGUUAUCGAACACGAUUGUUCGAUUCGUCAAGGAUCCAUCACCUUGACCCCAGCGCGAAAAACUAUCGCGCUGAGAAUGAGUUUUUGA